UGACCACAUAAAUUAUGUGUUAAUGUUUCCAUUCUCUGAUGUUGACCACAUAAAUUAUGCGUUAAUAUUUCCUUGCUCUGAUGUUGACCACAUAAAUUAUGCGAUAAUGUUUCCAUGCUCUGAUGUUGACCACAUAAAUUAUGCGUUAAUGUUUCCAUGCUCGUAUGUUGACCACAUAAAUGCAUUAAUGUGUCCAUGCUCUGAUGUUGACCACAUAAAUUAUGCGUUAAUAUUUCCUUGCUCUGAUGUUGACCACAUAAAUGCGUUAAUGUUUCCAUGCUCUGAUGUUGACCACAUAAAUUAUGCGUUACUGUUUCCAUGCUCUGAUGUUGACCAAAUAACGUAUGCGUUAAUGUUUCCAUGCUCGUAUGUUGACCACAUAAAUGCAUUAAUGUUUCCAUGCUCUGAUGUUGACCACAUAAAUUAUGCGUUAAUGUUUCCAUGCUCUGAUGUUGACCACAUAAAUUAUGCGUUAAUGUUUCCAUGCUCUAAUGUUGACCACAUAACGUAUGCGUUAAUGUUUCCAUGCUCGUAUGUUGACCACAUAAAUUAUGCGUUAAUGUUUCCAUGCUCUGAUGUUGACCACAUAAAUUAUGCGUUAAUGUUUCCAUGCUCUGAUGUUGACCACAUAAAGUAUGCGUUAAUGU